AUGAUGUGGCAUGAUCUGACUUCUUGUUCUUCUGAUUUGGUUGAAUUGUCGUUGCUUGAUUGCCAAAUGGAAGAUAUCGAUUUCCUUGAAAUGGAAGAGGAUGCAGCAAAUUUUCAUGGAAAUGGAGCUUACGAAGAUCAAUCUAGUCCUCUGGAAGAACCGCACAAGGAUGAAUUGGAUGUUGAAAAUCCUGAAGAAGUCCGAGAUCAGACAGAUUCAGUCAUACAACAGGCAGGAGUGGAACAAAAUUUAGCGGAAGUAGAGCCAAAGGGGCAAGAGUAUGUUCCUCGGAGGUCAUAUCAGAAUCAAAGAGGUGGUCGUGGUGCAGGUGGCCGAAGGGGUUAUCCCAAUGGCCGAGGUGGUCGAGGUGGCAACAGGGGAGGUGGGGCCUACCAGAAUGGUCGCAAUCAGUAUUAUGACCAGCCUGGAAAUUAUUAUCCGAGGAACUCCUAUAACGGUAGGGGAAGAAGUGGCAGGGGUGGUGGUGGAAAUACUUCCAACAACAACGGCUAUGCAGUUCAAGCUAGCCAUGCCAUAGCAGGUUCAUGA